AUAUUCACACCAUUUUUUUGGAUCGGGUUUUUUACAUUUUUUUUAGAGAUUUCAAGAAAUUUUGGCUGCCCAAAUUGGUUUUAAUAAUCCCAAAUACCUAGGAAUCACAAGGAUGGCCUCCGCAUCGAGUAGCAGUGCCCGUCAUCUUUUUGACGACUGUAAAAAACGUCUUUGUGCCCGUGUGGCUGUAAAUGUCAACAAUAUGGGAUCUGUGGCACGGCAAGUUGUGCGGAGCUCCAAAUCAAAUGAGAUCCUAGGACAAUCCAUAAGGAAUUUUACCCAAGUGGAUAUAGUCUCCGACUAUAGUGCACAAAAUCUCAAUAAAAUGUCUUUGAUUCUGCAACAUGUUAGCUAUCAUUAUGAUGCCAUGAAUGACAGCGUCAAUCAUUUGGAUUACCUAAAGGAGCAGGUGCAAGAUAUGGAAAGGUGACUGGAGGCCAAAAAGUGAAGUGUGCUUUAAAACAAACACACACACACACCCACACCCACACUCAAUAUCCCCAGCGACAUUAGUUAUUGUUAAGGAAAAGUUAAUUUUUCAUUUAUUUAAAUGUUUCUAUUGUACUAUUCAACCAUUGAUGAUACAUUUGAACUCUAGUAUAGACACCGGGAUAGUUGGCUUCAGCACAACCCUUGCCAAAGGAUACAACGCCCACCAGUCUGAGGGAAUUAUCAUUAGCACUGCGUGUUAUAAGCGGUCCACCGGAAUCUCCUUGGCAACUAUCACGUCCUCCCUUCUCCACACCGGCACAAAACAUAUUCUCAUCUAUUUCCGUCAUAAAUUUAUAGGAUUUAUAGCAUUUUUCCUUAGAGAUUUUGUGGACGAAAGUAUAUCUCAGAAUGGGCGAUGUCUGGUCUAUGUAGCUUUGUUGGUUGCCCCAACCAGUUACCCAUAGAUCUUGAUCCUUCUCGAUUGUAACAUUUUCCUCCAAUAGCCUAAUGGGUUGUAUGUAGGCAUUGAAUUCCAAAGGCUUUAAUAGUUUGACCAAAGCAAUAUCGUUUUUGGUAUGAUUGUAAUUGUUGUGCAAUACAAUGGCUUUGACUUGUGCCACAAUACCUCCUAUGAAAUGAAAGCUGGAGCCAGCUCUUACGGUAUAAUAUUCAGUAUUAGUUACUUGACCUAUACAAUGGGCUGCCGUCAGGACGAGAUCUUCGGCAAUAAUAGAUCCUCCACAGAUGUGUCUAUUCACCACUUGCAAGGAUACUUGAUGGGGAAAAUAGGUAAUGGAGGUUUCCCAACCUCCCACAAUGCGUUCAUCUGAAGGAUUUGUUUGGCCGGCGAUGACACAAGUGGAAAACCCUAAUAAUGCCAACGGCAACAAUACCUUGGCAAAGGAACUCGUUGUGUAUGACGAAGGCAUGUUGAUGAUAAAGACUGAACUUCUAUCUCGCAGCACGCCCCUUUUAUACAAAACAUUUCAAACGGUUCUCAUGCAGAUCUUAUCAUCAUAUCACCUUAGCAGUUAGUUUAGUUUAACCAAUCUUGGCAAGAUCAUGGUCAAAAUCAAAAUAUAGUCUCUUAAGUGAUAACAACGAUUAAAAAAUGUGUUAGAAUUCUCAGCUAUAAAAAAUGCUUAUAAAAUUCCAUCACGGUGUUGCAUGGUUAAAGUUCAUUGGACCUUAUGGUUACAAUGAUUUGACAAUGAAGCGAUGAACCAUGUGUAAAUGUAAACGGUUGGAUUAGUUUCAAUCUAAAUGCUUUCAUUUUAUAUCUUAGUUUUAGUUUAGGUUUGCUUUUGUUUAUUAACUAUUGUUUAAGGUCAGAUUUCUUGUAUUUAGUUUAGGUUAAUUUAAUCAAAAUAAAUAAUAAAGGAAUUAUUCUUUA